AUGGAUCCAUUCUCAGCAGAAGGAGAGCUCGUCAACAUCCACAAUGCCUUCCACCAAGGCCAAUACCAAACCGUAAUCGACUUCGACACCUCCUCCUUCUCCCCCGAAAACGCCUUGCCCUCUCGCAUUCUCCAACUCCGCGCCAAAAUCGCUUUGGGACAGACAGAAGAUGUGCUAGCCGAUAUUGAAGCCGAAGCCGACGACGUCCCGGAUUUGGUGGCUGUCAAGGCGCUGGCACAGCAAGUAGCUGGAAACACGGAAGAAGCAUUGGCACUGGCGCAGAAAUUGGCAGAGGCGCAGAGUGAAAAUGCGACUGUGCAGGUACUAGCUGGUACAGUGUUGCAGGCGCAGGGUCAGACAGAGGAGGCGUUGGCAUUGCUUGGGAAACAUCAAGGCAAUCUCGAGGCUGUCGCUCUUUCAGUUCAGAUCUACCUCCAAACAAAUCGGGUCGACCUCGCUCUUAAGGAAGUCUCCGCGGCAAAGCGCUGGGCGCAAGAUUCGUUGCUGGUCAACAUCGCAGAGUCCUGGGUUGGAUUACGAGUGGGCGGCGAGAAAUACCAAUCUGCAUUCUACGUCUACGAAGAACUAGCGUCGAACCCCAACAGCACCUCCCCCUUGUCCAUCGUCGGUCAAGCCAUUGCCGAAUUACACCUGGGACGUUUCCCCGAAGCAGAGGCCGCGUUGACAGCGGCCAUUGAAAAAUAUCCCGAGGAUGUGGAGUUGAUUGCCAACACAAUUGUGUUGAACGUGCUUACGGGCAAAGAUACUACUGAAUUGAUGUCACGUCUGGAGUCUCUUCAACCAUCGCAUGCGCUCAAUACUGAUUUGGCAGAAAAGAGCGCUCUCUUUGCUACAGCGGCCGCCAAAUAUGCUCCCAAGGUCUCGUCGUGA